AUGAGAAGGGUGAAACUGCUCGUGUAUUGCUUUGUCGCAAAGACGUGUGCGCUGAAUCACCACGACUCCGCAACUGGAUACCAGGGUCCCGGCUACAGUGGAUACGGUGGCUAUAACGCUCCCGCAGGAGGCACACCUUACCAAGCAUACGCUGGUUACUCAGCUCCACCGCAGCCGUACAGCUUUGGCUACGACACGGCUGACGAGUUCGGCAACCGGCAGUUCCGUAGCGAACAAGGUGACUCCAGCAACGUAAAGACUGGCUCGUACGGUUACACGGACGUCAACGGCCUCUACCGGCGCGUCAACUACAUCGCGGACGCCAACGGCUUCCGCGCCACAGUAGACACCAAUGAACCGGGCACUGCACCCGGAGCCAGCGCCGACGUUGUGUUCAAUGCCGCGCCCGUGGUCCCACCCGUUCCUGCAGGGGUGGCAACACCUGCUGCGUACGGCGCCAGGGCGUCCGCUGGUUACAGCAACGCGCUUAGUGGAUAUGGUGAAAUCGGAUACGAUCCUUACGGCCGCCGUGGUGCUGGAGCCGGGUUUGGUGGUUACGAGCGCUUCGGCUACGCCCCUAGUGGAGCGGUAUUCGAUGGUUAUGUCAACGGUGGACGCACUCCUUCCGGCUACGGUGCCGCAGGCUAUGCGGCAGGUCAGUACGGUCCAGCUGGCUACAGCAGAUUGGCGGCAGGUCACCAUGGCUUUGGCCGUCGUCGAUAAAAGGCGCAUACGAUACCUGUGAAGACUUCGACAGGUAAAGGGUGCUGCAGACCAAGGGGCCAUCGUGUGUGUUUUCGGUCU